AAUUUGAUCCGAAGAAGUAAUAUAGGCAAAGCUAGGCAGAGACGCAAACACGUUGCUGCGCCUGCCACGAGUGACUAUGACGCUGGUGGAGAUGAAUAGCGGCGCACCGUUCCUUCCAAUUGAAAUCAUCUCCGACGUUCUCAAGCGACUUCCGGUGAAAUCCCUAAUCCGAUUCCAAACUGUGUGCAAACUCUGGAAGAAUCUCAUCAAAAGCCCAUCUUUCAUAGCCAGUCACCUCGACCACUCCGACCGAGAAAAUCCCUCUUUUAUUGCCAGGGGAAGGAACUACGUCUCAGGUUCCUCGAUUCUACAUUUUCUCGACCGCGACUUGCAACUCCGGCAAGUUCAAAAGAAUCCCUUUAUCGAUUCGCUAGAGUGCGUCUGGAUCGUAGGCUCCUACAACGGCUUGGUAUGUGUUCAAACUGGGCAGCCUGGUACUCUAUAUUCUCUUUACCUGUGGAAUCCUGCAAUUAGAGAGGUUAUAGAGGUUCCUAGAAGCAGACCAAACAUGGAUUUGUGUUAUUUUUGUAGUUUAGGCUUUGCAUUCAGUCCAACUGUUAAUGAUUACAGAAUUGUCAUACCCUAUGUGAAGCCGGGUGAUGAAGAAUAUGGAUUUGAAGCUUAUUCACUAACCACAAAUUCAUGGAAAAACAUAGGAAUGGGUAGCUUAAAGGGCAUAUGCCCUUUCUUUGAUUGUGUUACUUUGAAUGGGUCUAUGUUUUGGUUGGCAUCACAGAGAGGUAUGGCAUCUCAUGGGGAAGAUAAUACUAAUGUCAUACUUUCAUUGUAUUUAGCAAUGGACAAGUUCAGAUUGAUACCACCGCCUCCUUUAUCCAGGAACGAAGUCGCUAAGCUGACUGAGUAUGAGAACAGGCUUGCUGUAUUUCAUUAUUCUAGUGCUUUAAACACAGCAAAUACUUCGAUCGAUUUGUGGGUUAUUGAGGAAGGCAUUGGUGGUUCUUGGAGUAAGAUAUUGACUUGUGGCCCUUAUCCACACUUUGCAAUACCGUUGACCAUUUGGAGGAACCAGAUUCUUUGCGAUGUUUUUGAUGAAUGUUCAGUAGAGGGGACCGAUGAGAUUGAAACUACUGGUAGUUGUUUGUUUGAUCCCAUUUCUAAUGAAGUCAAGGUCCUUUUCUCAGGCAGAAGUGGAAUUCUUCAUGUUAUUUUUAGAUAUGUUGAAAGCCUUGUACACAUCUGCAACAUCCACACUGCAAAGUAUUAAUUUUGAAGUGUGAUUAUUAUUGAAUCAUUAUUGUUUAAUUGUUUGCUCGUAGUUGUAGAACAUGCAAAACGCCAUUUAAAGACACGAAUGCAUUUGCAC